AUGGCUGAUCCCUUCUUCAUGUCCGAUCCCGCCGCCCGCAAGCGGAAGCGUACAAAGGCAAGCGAUGACGAAGAAAAUGAGGAAGAAGGAGGUGCGCUGGACCUGAGCGAAGAAGAGGGAAGCGAACAAGAGGAGGAGCAGACCGAAGAGGACCGCUUUGCUCACGAGACGCCCGACGAGACGCGCCUGCGACUGGCCGAGCGCUACGUGCGCAAGCUGGAGGCCCUCAACUCGGCCAAGCGCGGCGACGAAGACGACGACGAGGAGGAGGACGAAGAGGAGCUCAACACACGCGUCCACAAGCGCCUCAAGCAGGACGUGCUUGAAGCCUCCGGACGUCAUCGCCGCCGCUUGGCCCACGAGGUUGCGGCGCGAGAUGUGGCGGCGGCCGAGGCGGGCAUCCGAACCAUUCGGGGCCACCAGCUGCCCCUCACCUGCGUGGCGCUGGCCGACGACGAGAAGACCGCCUACACCGGCUCCAAAGACGGCACAAUCAUUCAAUACGACGUGGAAACGGGCAAGCGGCUGUGGCGAGGCGGUCGGGCGCCGAGGAGGGAGGCCAACGAAAAGGCGAGCAAGGGGAAGGGCCGGGGCAAGAAGGGGAAGCAGCAGAUGAAGAGCGACAAGUCCAAGGGGCACGUGGGGCACGUGCUGGCGAUCGCGGUCAGCUCCGAUGGACGGAUGCUGGCCACUGGCGGCGACGACCGGCUCGUCCACCUGUGGGACACCCGCACCAACACCCAGAUCGACACCUUCUCCGGCCACCGACAGGCCGUCACCGGCCUCACGUUCCGACAGGGCGGUCAGGAACUGUACAGCGCGUCGGCCGAUGCGACGGUCAAGGUGUGGAGCACGGCCCAGAUGUCCUACGUCGAAACCCUGUUCGGACACCAGGCGCCCGUCACCUCCAUCGACUGCCUGGGCCAGGAGCGGCCUCUCACCGCCGGCGGAUUCGACCGAUCGAUUCGGCUCUUCAAGGUGGCGGAGGAAACACAUCUGGUGUGGAAGGGACACACGGCGCCGAUCGACGGCGCGGCCUACCUGACGGACCAGCUCUAUGCGACGGUGUCGCAGGACGGCUCGCUCUCCCUGUGGGACCUGGGUCUCAAGAAGCCCCGCUCGACCGUGCCCAACGCCCACGCCGGCCGCUGGGUCACCGCCGUCGCCGCCUGCCGCCAAUCCGACCUCUUCGCCACGGGAUCCAGUGACGGAGUGGUGCGCUUCUGGAGUGCGCCGCCCGCGGGAGUAGGCAAGGUGGAGCAGGUGGGCACGGCCACGGCGGCUGGAUUCGUCAACGGGCUAGCCAUAGCGCCCUCGGGCCGCUUCGCCCUGGCCGCGCUGGGCACCGAGCCCCGCAUGGGCCGCUGGGACCGCCAGCCCGACGCGCGCAAUGUGCUCGCUGUCCUCCCCCUCAUCCCCGCCCCCCAUCCAGACCACCCAUAA